CAUCCAUCCACAACACUUCUCUCCACUCCUCCAAUUGAUUUACCUGUUUUAUAUUUCGUGUAAACUAGGGCUUUACAACAUUUGGGCGAAAGCAUUCGUACAUCUUUACAAGAUUAAUAGUUACUCUCUGUCAAUGGACUACUCAAGACCCCCUUGGUUUCAAUUUAUGGUAGCGCCAGCAACUAGGCAUCGUCUGUUUGUUCCUGAGCGAGUUCGGGAACUUCUCAAUUCACCUUCAGGAAAGUUUUAUGUUAUUUUGGGUAGCCGAGGUGAACCUUAUCCUCUCGUCAUUAGAUUGAGAGAAAGUAGCCACCAGUGGAGAUGUUUUAUUGAGGAUGGUUGGACCAACUUCCUCAAUAGUAACGAGAUCAAGAACGGAGAUGUCGUGGAGAUGUUCUACUGUGGAAGGCACUAUUUCCGUGCUCUCGUGUAUCGUAAAGGUAGGGAAUUCAAAGGAGAAAAUGAAGUUGAAGAAAAGGAUUCUUCCUCUGAUGAUGAAUUAACCCAGAUCGAGAAGGAUCCACCAAUAUUCAAUGCUACAUUCACGGUUCCAUACAUAAGGGCAGAAAGAUUAUAUGUUCCAGUGAACUUCGCAAGGGAGUUUGUAAAUGGCUUCCCGGAGUACUCACACGUGCAGUUGGUUGUAAAGUACAAAGUCUGGGAUGCAUUACUAAAAAUCACUUACGAUCAUACUCAUAAUAUCAAAAAAUGCAUAGUGAAAAGCGUUGUGAAGCAAAUGAUUUUCUGGGAAAACAUUCAACCAGGGCAAAAGAUGAUUGCCACUUGUAGCUUCAUGUUCCUGUCGUAGUUGUUGAUGUUUGAGUGUUUUUUCUUUCAUCCUUAUUGAGCAAACUGUUGUAGGCAUGACUCUGAAGUUGUCUGUUUAGUUUCAAUUUUUAAUUGAUAAUGAACUUGGUUUUUUAGUUAAGUCACCGUUAAAAUAUGCUACCAAUAGUUAUGGUUGCGUACUCAAGUCAUCAAUGACGAUGAAUUAUUUGUACCACGGAAUUUUGU